AUGAAGAAGCACGUGUUUUUUCUUCACUUCAGUCUUCACAAAGGAAUCUCGUAUGAAAGGAAAAGAAGACAGGAGAGCUACAAAUUAAAAUCAGUCCAGGCACAAGAAAAGAUCACUGCCGGUGCAUGUUCAGCUAAAAUAGAGCACAGUUCCAGUGAUUCAUCGUCAGAAUGUAAAUCAGAAGAAGACAGCAUUGCCAAACGUGUGCAGGUAAAACGAAGUAGGAAAAGCUUCUCGAUGUCCCGUCCAUAUUGUGCAGUUAGCAGAGAAACUGCUGCAGCACUUGAUCGAACGAAGACUUCUGAUAAAAAGGCAACGUACAUCAUCAGUGGAGUUGCCAAACACCUUGGCUUAAAUGCUGGAAACCUUGCCAUUAAUAGAUCCUCAAUUCGACGAGCAAGGCAUAAGCAUCGUCAAGAACUUGCGUUAGAAAUUCGAAGGAAUUUUUCUGCAGAUGUUCCUUUGGCUGUCCAUUGGGAUGGGAAGUUCUUACUUGAUUUGACAGGUAAUCAGAAAGUUGAUCGUCUUCCCAUUGUUGUUGCAGGAGCGGGAGUUGAAAAGCUCUUAUCAGUUCCAAAACUAGAAUCUGGUACAGGGGAGAGACAGGCUACAGCAGUGCACGAAUGCCUCUUAGAAUGA